AUGAAGUUUCAACUUACUAUCCUUACUCUGGCUGUUCUAGCCCUUGCAAAGCCUCAGGCUCCUCCUGAUCCAACCCCAGCUCCCCCAGACCCUGAUCCAACACCCCCUUCAACUUCUGAGCAGCCCGCACCUCCUCCUGUCCCUCCUCCGGCCGAUCCCCCGGCCGACCCUCCGGCUGAACCAUCUCAACCCCCACCUCCUCCGCCGCCUCCUCCGUCUCAGCCUGACCCGUCGCCUCCUCCAUCUGGUCCAGCUCCUGUUCCUCCCCCAGCUACUCCAGCACCUGCUCCCCCUCCGGACCCAAGUCCACCACCUCCCCCUCCUCCGAGUUCAACUGCUUCACCUCCUCCCGAAGGACCAAUCUGUGAAUGCGGAUACACUUACUGUUCCUCAGUCCUCAAGGACAUGGACAAACCAUGGAAUGAUGCCCAACUCUCCGAGGCAUACUGCACUACCCCUAAUGCAAACUGCGACGGUGAAACACCAGCUAGCAGCAUAGACAGCGCUCUGUUCAUCUGUCUAUGUGACCAGCCGAGUCAAAAAAUUGGAAACCAUGUUGAACUUCUCUGCGGUUGUGACACAUGUCUUGUUGUCAAGCCUGACUUUAGAGGAAGAUGCAAGAGUCCAUGUCGAGCUGGAGGCUCCAAGGAUGACGGGAAGGGCGAUGGGAAGGGUAAUAAGGUCAGAGGAACUAAUCGAUUGGGGUUCUGGAUGUAG